GAUGAUUAAAACGGUAGGGACCACCACAAAAAAAUUAAUUAUUGUGUUCUAACCUGGUUAAGAGGUGACAGACGUCUGUGUUUUGGAGCGAAGAUCGUUUGUGAGGUACCUGUGCCACGAUGGAAAAGGAAGGAUCCACUGCGGUCGAGAAAUCGGUCGCUGAGAAACACGCAGAGAGGAUGAAACGGUUACGGGAUCUACAUGCAAAGAGGAAUGAAGCCAGGCAACAGAACCACAAAGAGGUUGUUGAAGAGGACAAAAGGAAUAAGCUCCCAUCCAAUUGGGAGUCGCGUAAAAGACAAGCGGAAUGGAUUGUGCAGGAUGAGUCUGCAAGGAAAGAUGCCCAGGAAAAAGGAGAGGACUACGAAAGGACAAAGUUGCUGCACAUUGAUGCAACAGAGGCAGAGCGUAUAGCCAGAAAAAAAAAGAAUAAGAAGAAUCCGGAUCCAGGUUUUUCAGAUUACGAGCAAGCAGCCAUCCGCCAGUACAAUAGGCUGGUUAAAAAUAUCAAGCCAAAUAUGGACACAUACGAUGAAGCUAAGGAUAAAUUAGGGCCAGCUUUCUAUGGAGAUAGAAACACUAUAUUGCACGGUCUUCACGAGGACAAAAAGGAAGCUGUAGAUAAGAUGGUGCAAGAUUUGGAAAAACAAAUCGCAAAGAGAGAUAAGUAUAGCAGAAGAAGGAUGCACAACGAUGAUGCUGACAUUGAUUACAUCAAUGAACGUAACGCUAAGUUCAACCAGAAAUUGGAGAGAUUCUACGGAGAAUACACACGCGAGACGAAGCUGAACUUGGAAAGGGGUACAGCUAUAUAAUGGGAGAACUUUAGGACUAAUGGACUUACUAUAAAUACGUUGUAUUGUAAAUAGUACUUCAAAACUCAUACAAAUAGGAGUCAGACUACUAUUGAGUCGUUGACCGUUUAAUAACGAGAAGUGCAGAUGCGGUUUUUCCAAUCUUAAUCCCGUGUUCCUGUAUCGAAAAGGUCGAAUUAUAUAUAUUAUCACAUUAUAUAUUAAUUUCAUAUGACGU